UGGUCUAUACUCUCUGUAUAAUUUGCUCUCGUUAUCCCGCUUUCUCUAUAAUGCCCUAGCUUCAAUUUUUUUACAGGACUAUAAACCCUAAGUUCGCCGCUCUCAGCUCAUCCAUUCCUUCGAAAUCUUAGUCUAAUAUGAGUCGGCCGAUGGAGGAAGAUGCUCCUAGUAAGAACGAGGAAGAGGAGUUCAACACAGGUCCACUUUCUGUUCUUAUGAUGAGUGUUAAGAAUAACACACAGGUGCUCAUCAACUGCCGCAAUAACAAAAAGCUUUUGGGACAUGUGAGGGCUUUUGAUCGCCACUGUAACAUGGUUCUAGAAAAUGUGCGGGAGAUGUGGACUGAGGUGCCUAAGACAGGGAAAGGCAAGAAGAAAGCACUUCCAGUUAACAAAGAUCGCUUUAUCAGUAAGAUGUUUCUUCGUGGAGAUUCUGUCAUCAUCGUCCUCAGAAAUCCCAAGUAACAGGUGUAUUACUACGGGAAUCUUUCUCGGCCUUCAAAACAUAGGUGGAGUAAUGUUGGUUUAGCUAAUUUGCACCGGUUCAAAUUCCUUUUUUUGCAUGAACUGUGACUCUCUCUUUGAGCCUUUAAGCAGUUGUAGUUAUCGGACUUCGGAUAUUCAAGAACAUUUUUUAAUCGUCCCUGUAAGCUGAUUAUCAGUAGAGAUUAGCUUUUUUGGGUGUUCUUCUUUUGUUGUGCUAUGUCAUUUAUUCUCUAGGCAUG